AUGAGUCGGUGGAGUUUCCUGGGGAAAACGGCAGGCUCCGCCUCCAUCUUCUCAUCAGCCAAUCAUCUCUUGCCACCGUUUUCUUCAGUAGAGUCCUGCGUAUCUGAGCCCAAAUACAGCGGCAGUUCGGAGAGAAACCCGCUCCCCCCGUUAUCCCGGUCCGGCCGACCCGCCGGAGCUCGGCGUCUGGACCCCCUCAGUUCAGCGCUCGUACCCACCGAUCAGUGGUGUGAGCCGGGUCAGUUCGCCGAGUCAGUUCACCGAGUCUGUUUGCCGAGUCAGUUCGCCGAGUACCACACACCACCACUGUUUAGUGAGCCGAGUCAGUUCACUGAGUACUGCACACCACCACGACUGUUUAGUGAGCCGAGUCAGUUCGCCGAGUACCGCACACCACCACGACUGUUUAGUGAGCCGAGUCAGUUCGCCGAGUACCGCACACCACCACGACUGUUUAGUGAGCCGAGUCAGUUCGCCGAGUACCGCACACCACCACUGUUUAGUGAGCCGAGUCAGUUCGCCGAGUCAGUUCACCGAGUCCGUUUGCCGAGUCAGUUCGCCAAGUACCACACACCACCACUGUUUAGUGAGCCGAGUCAGUUCGCCGAGUACCGCACACCACCACGACUGUUUAGUGAGCCGAGUCAGUUCGCCGAGUACCGCACACCACCACGACUGUUUAGUGAGCCGAGUCAGUUCGCUGAGUACCGCACACCACCACGACUGUUUAGUGAGCCGAGUCCAUUCGCCGAGUACCGCACACCACCACGACUGUUUAGUGAGCCGAGUCAGUUCACUGAGUACCGCACACCACCACGACUGUUUAGUGAGCCGAGUCAGUUCGCCGAGUACCGCACACCACCACGACAGUUUAGUGAGCCGAGUCAGUUCGCUGAGUACCGCACACCACCACGACAGUUUAGUGAGCCGAGUCAGUUCGCCGAGUACCGCACACCACCACGACUGUUUAGUGAGCCGAGUCAGUUCGCCGAGUACCGCACACCACCACGACUGUUUAGUGAGCCGAGUCAGUUCGCCGAGUACCGCACACCACCACGACUGUUUAGUGAGCCGAGUCAGUUCGCCGAGUACCGCACACCACCACGACAGUUUAGUGAGCCGAGUCAGUUCGCUGAGUACCGCACACCACCACGACUGUUUAGUUCGCCGAGUCAGUUCGCCGAGUACCGCACACCACCACAACUGUUUCGUGAGCCGAGUCCGUUCGCCGAGUACCGCACACCACCACGACUGUUUAGUGAGCCGAGUCAGUUCGCCGAGUACCGCACACCACCACGACUGUUUCGUGAGCCGAGUCCGUUUGCCGAGUACCGCACACCACCACGACUGUUUAGUGAGCUGAGUCAGUUCGCCGAGUACCGCACACCACCACGACUGUUUCGUGAGCCGAGUCCGUUCGCCGAGUACCGCACACCACCACGACUGUUUAGUGAGCCGAGUCCGUUCGCCGAGUACCGCACACCACCACGACUGUUUAGUGAGCCGAGUCAGUUCGCCGAGUACCGCACACCACCACGACUGUUUCGUGAGCCGAGUAAGUUCGCCGAGUACCGCACACCACCACGACUGUUUAGUGAGCCGAGUCCAUUCGCCGAGUACCGCACACCACCACGACUGUUUAGUGAGCCGAGUCCAUUCGCCGAGUACCGCACACCACCACGACUGUUUAGUGAGCCGAGUCCAUUCGCCGAGUACCGCACACCACCACGACUGUUUAGUGAGCCGAGUCAGUUCACUGAGUACCGCACACCACCACGACUGUUUAGUGAGCCGAGUCAGUUCGCCGAGUACCGCACACCACCACGACAGUUUAGUGAGCCGAGUCAGUUCGCUGAGUACCGCACACCACCACGACUGUUUAGUGAGCCGAGUCAGUUCGCCGAGUACCGCACACCACCACGACUGUUUAGUGAGCCGAGUCAGUUCGCCGAGUACCGCACACCACCACGACUGUUUAGUGAGCCGAGUCAGUUCGCCGAGUACCGCACACCACCACGACAGUUUAGUGAGCCGAGUCAGUUCGCUGAGUACCGCACACCACCACGACUGUUUAGUGAGCCGAGUCAGUUCGCCGAGUACCGCACACCACCACGACUGUUUAGUGAGCCGAGUCAGUUCGCCGAGUACCGCACACCACCACGACUGUUUAGUGAGCCGAGUCAGUUCACUGAGUACCGCACACCACCACGACUGUUUAGUGAGCCGAGUCCGUUCGCCGAGUACCGCACACCACCACGACUGUUUAGUGAGCCGAGUCCUUCUGAAACGCUAAAGCUCCAGACUGAGAGAUCGGGAGCCGAACCGGCACCACAGAAUCAGAAUCAGCCCAGAAAGGAGAGUGUGGAGCUGAAUAUUCAUGAGGAAAUGGAAAUGAGCAGAGGAGGUCACUGCGCUGCGUUGGGGUUCAGCAGCUCCAGCGGCCGUUUGGCUCGAUUUGGGUUGAUUUGCUCUUCCUGGGAGAUUAAAUCUACGGAGGCAGAGCCGAAGCGAGGCGGCCUGCUCUACGGCGCUUUCCUCUCUGGCCGUUCGACUCAUUCUAAACCCUCUGCCGGCGCCGCUGGUCUCGGAUCCUCGCCGCCUCACACUGAACCUCGGUAUACGCCGGCCGGUGAAGGAUCCGGGACGGGAAGGAUCCGAGACGGGACGGCCAGCCCCUGA